AUGUUUGUUCCUGUGGGAUUGAGGUCUGCAAGGGCCAGUCUUAACGGACCAUGGCAAAGUAUGUUGCUGUUUGUUGUAGUUUCUGCAGUCGUGUUAGUGUUUGCUGGACUUAUACUAAUACCUUUGGAAUCCAAUGGAUAUGCGUUGUAUGCAGGAAUAGGAGUGAAUAAUUGCUACAGAGUAGCCAAGCGAUAUUUUUUGUCGGGAAAUGGCAGUAGCGGCAGCGGAAAUGGAGGUGGAAGUAAUAACGGGCAGGGAACGGAUAUCCUCAGUGGCCAGUUCAGCUACAAGACAGCUGUGGCUUACCAGCCCAAGGAUAGAGAUGAUCCGAUAUAUAGGAAACUGAAAACGAGCGUGUCAUCGCCAACCGGAGAGGACAACUUCUUUGUUGCUGUGAAUGGCCCGCACGACGUGUAUGCAGGCAUCGCAGAUGGAGUCGGUGGCUGGGCAGAGCACGGUUAUGACUCCAGUGCCAUUUCUAGGGAACUUUGCAAUGCGAUAGGCGAGUAUAGUUCCAUGCUGGGAACAGUCAAAAACGGUUUUGAUGUAUACACCCCGAAAAGUUUGAUACAAAAGGGCUAUGAUAAAAUCAGGAAAGACGAGAUAGUAAAAGUUGGUGGUACCACAUCCCUGGUAGCACAUUUUCGUAGUAAUGGUAUUUUGGAAGUUGCCAAUCUUGGGGAUUCCUGGUGCGGCGUCUUCAGAGAGAACCGAUUAAUCUUCCAAACUAAAUUCCAAACCGUCGGAUUCAAUGCGCCCUAUCAAUUAGCGGUUAUUCCAAAAGAUUUGCUUGAAAAAGCUAAGAGAAGUGGUAGUUCGUAUAUUCAAAAUUCUCCGUCAGACGCGGACGAGUAUGUUUUCCAGUUGGCGAAGGGCGAUGUUGUUAUGCUUGCAACAGACGGAGUAACCGAUAAUAUUGGUUAUCAGGAUAUGGAACUGUUUUGGGGAGAUCACAAGAAAGAAGUAGAAAUGAAUUUGCAACAGGUUUCAAAAAAAUUUGUUGAUAAUGUUGUCAAAUUGAGCAAAGAUCCAAACUAUCCGAGUGUUUUUGCUCAAGAAAUCUCAAAAUUGUCUGGUAAAACGUAUACCGGAGGUAAAGAGGACGAUAUUACAUUGGUAGUAGUUACGGUUAAUUGA